CUUGUCCAACAAGAGAAGUUGUUUUUGUGCCCUUUGAUGCGAGAUGGAAGAGGCCUCUGGUGCUGCGUGGUUGGACCUGAUAGGCCAUACGGUAUCGAUAAGAUGCGGCGCAGCACAGCGGGCAUCGCAUGCAGCUGUUCAGCCUUGCAGCGGCAACUCCUCAGCCUGGGCGCUUGCGAUAUUACCACCUACAUGAUGCCGCCUGCUUCUCCAUUAGCUGCCCCAUACGCACCUGCAUCGUCCGUCGAUCUUUUCUGAGUAUGGAUCCGCUCAGCGUCGCGGCCAGCAUCAUCUCAGUUCUCCAGCUCUCGGGCAAGGUCCUUGGAUAUCUCAACGACGUCAAAGAUGCUUCGGAAGAUCGUGCAAAGUGCGCAGUUGAGGCCUCAAACGUAUACAGUCUCCUUCUCAAUCUGAGGUUCCGUCUUGAGGAGGGAAGUGCCGAUGCACCGUGGUACACCGCUGUCCGAGCCCUAGGAGUCGAGAAUGGACCGCUCGACCAGUUUAAGCAAGCGCUGGAAACACUCCAGAUUCAGAUGACAGGUGGAGGUCGAAUACAACAGGCAGGUAGAGCGCUAGUAUGGAAGUUCAAGAAGGAAGAAAUCGCUGGCAUAUUGGUCCGAAUCGAGCGUUUAAAAGCGCUCGUGGGGAUCGCGUUACAGAUGGACCAUUUUAAAUUGUCCAAAGCCAUCAAAUACGAUACCAACGUCCUCCAAACACACGUGCCCGCAAUACAUUCUCGAGUAGAUGAGAUCCAGCAAGAUCAAGUUAAUGCAAAGCACAGCAAGAUGGUGGGAUGGAUCUCGCCUACCAACUACCCCGCGCAACAAUCGGACAUUAUACGUCGCAGACAGAAGGGAACGGGCCAGUGGUUUCUUAACGCACCCGAGUUCACAACGUGGCUCGGUGAGCCGAAGGGAACUCUCUUCUGCCCAGGCAUUCCUGGCGCCGGCAAGACGAUGGUGGCAGCGAUCGCGAUCGAACACCUCCUAAACUCUACACAGAGCAGCUCAGUCGGAGUUGCGUAUGUGUAUUGCAAUUAUAAAGCACAAGAAGGGCAGGAUGCCUCCAGCAUGCUGGCAGCCAUCGUCAAGCAGCUGGUGCAGGGUCGACCGUCAAUGGUGGAGCCUGUAGCUCGACUGUACGAGCAGCAUGUCGAUCAAGGCACGAAGCCGUCUAUUGAGGAGAUCUUUAGCGCCCUUCGAGAAGUAGUCCCAAAGUACUCUACUGUCUAUGUUGUGAUCGAUGGUCUGGACGAGUGUCGAGACAGUGACGGCACUCGCAGUCAGCUUCUGGCCAGACUUAAAGACUUACAAGUGGGACAAGAUGUUCGCAUUAUGGGCACUGCGCGGUUCAUACCAGAGAUUGAAGCUGAGUUUCAAACAGCGAUGAAGCUAGAAAUACAAGCUAGUGAUGAGGACGUGAGGCGAUAUAUAGCCGGCCAGACGCACCGACUGCCAAGGUGCAUUCAGCGUGACCCUGCGCUGCAGAUCACGAUACAAGACAAGCUUGUGGAGGCGGUAGACGGCAUGUUUCUUCUUGCCCGCCUGCACACGGACUCGCUCCUAGACAAGCGAACAGUGAAAGAAGUCAAGUUGACGUUAGACCGACUCUCAAAAGGCUCGGCUGCACUCAACGAUGCAUACGACGACGCCAUCCAACGCAUAGACGGCCAAUUAGACGGAGAUAGAGAGCGGGCUAAGAAAGUACUAUUGUGGAUCACGUACGCAAGGAGGCCGCUCACCACAACAGAGUUGUGCUGUGCCCUAGCGGUGGAGCUAGACGAAGCGGAGCUCGAUCCAGAAAAUAUGCCAGACAUCGAGGACUUGCUAUCUGUGUGCGCCGGCCUUAUUGUUGUUGACCAGGAAAGCGCUCUCGUUCGUCUUGUGCAUUAUACUACGCAAGAGUAUUUUGAGCGCGUUAGAGACAGGUGGAAUCCCAAUGCUCCGCUGCAGAUAGCCUCAACAUGCCUCACCUAUCUAUCGUUCGAUCUUUUCAAGACAGGCAGCUGCUCCUCGGACAAAGACUUUGAAAAGCGGCUUCAGGAAAGCAAGUUCUUAGACUAUGCAGCUAAACAUUGGGGAGAGCAUGUUGCGAAGGUGGAAAGCGAUACAUGCAAGCUAGCCUGUUCAUUCCUUUUUAAUAACUGCUUAGUUUCGAGCGCUACGCAGGUGCUCUUGGUUCCAACGUAUACGUACAGCGGUCAUAGCCAGGAAUAUCCCAAGGCCAGCACAGGAGCCCAUCUUGCAGCGCGGUUCGGAUUAUCAUGUAUCCUGGAGGCUCUGCUCUUACCUGAAGGACAAGAGAGAGAAGCUGAUUUAACAAAGAAGGAUAGCAGAGGUCACACUUUACUCUAUCUCGCGGCAGCGAACGGACAUUGUCUGACAGCGGGAUGGCUGAUCAAUAACGGCGCCAACGUCAACGCGCAGGGUGGAGGGUACGGCAACGCGCUCCAGGCGGCUUCAUACGGAGGCCACGAGGCGAUUGUGAAGCUGCUGCUCGACAAGGGCGCCGAGUACGGCAACGCGCUCCAGGCGGCUUCAUAUGGAGGACACACAGAGUUACUUGACACAUUAAUCACAAAUGGUGCCACCUUGAAGGUCCAAGAUUACUAUGGACGGACACUGCUUUGGUGGGCUGCAGCUGGCGGCAAGAUCGCCACUGUAAAAUCACUUAUCAUGAACCACAACAUCGACCCCAGAAUAGCUGACAAUCUUGGGCGAAAGCCUUCCUGGAUAGCAGCGAAGAAAGGACAUGGCGCAGUAUCGAAGCUUCUCCAAGAGCAUGAUGGAGAAACCAGCACUGAGCCGACAGUGCUAUCCAACGAGAAUCACCACCAAUCCGCUCUAGAAUGCAAUGUCUGCACCUCACAAAUUCCAACCACUGUCUUCCAUUACCAUUGUAAUCUCUGCGCUGGUGGAGAUUGGGAUGUAUGCGAGGACUGUAGGAAGUGUGGAGCCACUUGCGUGGCACCGGCUCACACUCUGCGUAAACGGGAGAUGCUUGACGGAGUCUGGUCAGAGAUCACGCGUGAUCAUGACUCAUGAAAAAUUGUGGCAGUCGCAUAGAAUC